ACUGAACACAGACUCGACGGAGGGAACCUCACAGUGAAAAGUCCACAGACACUAUCAAGUCCACAUCUGCACCCAGAGUCCAAUGGUCAGGGUCUGCACCGGAGCUGCUUCCUGCACACAGCACACACACUGCAUGAGAGGACACUGACUGCCGCUGACUGGCUCUGAGCACACCGAGCGCAACCUGCUGACACAUUACAGAGCACAAAGUUAGGCCGAGGUCUCGCAGUCAUGUCCGGGCAGCCUCGAUUUGUGAGUCCGUUUCACAGACCUCAGUGUUUGGCUGCUGCAGCUCCGGCGGGGGGAGCUAAGUUCACACACCCGGGGAAGGCGAUCCUGGCAGGCGGGAUCGCAGGAGGCAUCGAGAUCUGCAUCACCUUCCCCACAGAGUACGUGAAAACACAGCUGCAGCUCGACGAGAAGGCCAAUCCUCCCAAAUACAGAGGCAUCGUCGACUGUGUGAAGCAGACGGUGAACGGUCAUGGGGUGAGGGGUCUCUACAGAGGGCUGAGCUCGCUGCUGUACGGCUCUAUACCUAAAGCAGCUGUCAGAUUUGGGGUGUUUGAGUUCCUCAGUAACAAGGUGCGUGAUGAAAAUGGAAAACUAGAUGGCAUGACGGGAUUCCUCUGCGGCCUCGGAGCUGGAGUUGCAGAGGCUGUGUUCGUAGUGUGUCCUAUGGAGACAGUAAAGGUCAAAUUCAUCCAUGAUCAGACAUCAGCAAACCCAAAGUACAAGGGCUUUUUCCAUGGAGUGAGGGAGAUUAUUAGAUCCCAAGGACUGAAGGGGACGUACCAAGGUCUCACAGCCACCGUGUUGAAACAAGGCUCCAACCAGGCCAUCCGCUUCUACGUCAUGACUUCCCUGAGGAACUGGUACAGAGGUGAUGACCCCAACAAAAAAAUUAACCCCCUGGUGACUGGUAUGUUUGGAGCUGUUGCUGGUGCUGCCAGUGUGUUUGGGAACACUCCCCUGGAUGUCAUUAAGACCAGAAUGCAGGGUCUGGAAGCUCACAAGUACAAAAGCACAGUGGACUGUGCCAUCAAGAUCAUGAAGUAUGAAGGAGUAAAAGCGUUCUACAAAGGUACUGUGCCCCGGCUGGGUCGGGUGUGUAUGGACGUGGCCUUAGUCUUCAUAAUCUACGACGAAGUUGUGAAGGUCUUAAACAUUGUUUGGAAGACAGACUGAAAAGGACCCCCCCGACGGUGCGACUCAACAAGCAGGAGUGUUAGGACAGGCCAAUCACAUUACUAACCAGGCCAAGUCCCAAACCAGUCUCCUUAAACCCUGCGUCUAGGUUCUAAUAUCUACCUCUAAGUGAUUUUCAGAGAGAAAGAAAGGGAUUGGUAUGUUCUUAAUUUUAUUUAUAACACCGCUAUGACAAGUGGAAGCAUGAUCUGCAUGAAAAAAGGCUCCAGACUGCAGUCACUGCUUGCUGUUUUUCUUAAAUUCCAGAAGGGGGGAAGUUCCUUAAGAGCUCAGGGAAAGGAACGGGGCAUUUAUUUAGAUUCCAUUGACUUGAGAUUUGGGAACGCCAGCCAACAGCACAGACAACCACAGUGCUUUGAGUUCAGUUAUACUGAUGCUUUAUGAACUUAAUCAAAGAAAAACCAAUGCCCGACCCAACAUAAUGUGAUUAAGACGCUGCAGGCAAGGAAAUCAUACUUGAAAUGAGAGAAUAUACCACAGAUCGAACAUUGUAAAGCCCUCUUUAUGCAAAUGUGUAGAUGUUUCUCUGUUAGACUUUUCAAAAGUAUUAUUUCUUUAAUUUUCUGAUGAGAUCAUUUAUGUUAACAUGCCACAUGCUGCAGGGGCUACAGGUACAUUCACAACUAAAUGCCUUAAAUCACAAUUUCCAGAUGAAUCCAGAUUGUAGGUCCAUGUAGAUCCAGAGAGGCAGCUUUUAAUUAUGUCACACGACUUCUAUAGAAACGCACAUUUUCCACAAAACAGUGCUAAAGAGAGUUCAUCUAAAUUGCAGAGAUGUUUUAGAUCAAUUAGCUAGAUUGAUGCUAUAAAAAAGUGCCUAUGUAUUGUGAGAUUCAUUUUGAGAUUAAGAAUGAUUGAAUGUUGUGUGUGCUCAGUCACUACAGAUUGUUUUGUGAUAAUAAGCUCUGUUGCACACGCUGCAGCAGUGCCAGAUGUUUAAUUCCAGGCAGUUUCUGAAGUAUUCCUGUGAUGUUCAUAUCCUCUAAAUUCAUUGUAAUUAUUGAUGAAGUUUUUGCUUUUAAAAUUCAUAUUGCCGUUAUUGCAUAGACUGUUAGAGAAGUGCCAUUAACAGUGCCUUCCAUCUCAUUCCAGAGUGGUUUAGGAUAGCUUUUAUUGCAGAUUCCGUUUUUAAUUUUUAACCACGUUAAUUGCCUUUUACUUUUUACACCAAUGUAUGACCCAAUGUGCCAACUGCUGCUCAUAUACUUAUAUAUAAUGCCAUGUUUUAGACUGGAGUUUGUAGCUUGUGAGUCUGACAUAUUCACAUGCAAUGCAAUUAACUGUUUUUACAACGGUUUUCUUUUUUAGCUCCAGUUUGCAUACAUGUGGACUCUGUGUCAUAGCUAUUUAAAGAGCUUUUUCUUAAAUGUUAAGACAUGAAAAAAUUCCAGUAGUAAAACUGAGUAUUGUGCCUUCAGUCUAAUUAAUUCUAACAUGGAUGCUGGCAAAUAAACGUUCAGACUGUUAA